AUGUUUUCCGCGGCGAUUUUUCUAAUCGCGUGCGCGGCAACCGCCGCCAUCGAUCCGAAAACUGUUAACACUCCAUUAUUUAACAAGGAAGUGCUACAAAAAUUAUCACCUAUAUUAAAUUCUAAUAGGACUCUGAACGAAAGAGAAUUAGCUCUUCUAAAUAGGACUGUUCAAAAUUUGGGAGUGGAUUACGAUUUAGUGGCGAGACUGACUGGUUUAGUUAGAAAUAAUUCAGCUGAUGGCACAGUUCAAAGGGACCCUAAAGCUGUUGUAGAAACUAAGUCUUCUUCCUAUGAUGCGUAUGGUGAUGAGAUCGGUAAUAGGGAUGGGUCUGUGAGACAUGUGGAAGAAUCUCCAGAUUACGCGUCUUCGGUAGUGUUGGCUAGCGAUCUGCUGUCCCUAACUAGUGCAGUUGCUAGCGUGAAGGAGACAACGUGCAGAGAGCAUGGAUACAAAUUCCUGGAUGGAUUGAUUAUGAACAAGAGAUGGGCGUUAAAAAUGUUCGAUGCAUCAGCAAAGUCUCCUCAAGGUCUACUCUUUGGGUCUUCUUACCAUUUGGGAAACUUCGACGAGUGUGUCGCCAUUGAAGACCCUGGAUACAAUGGAGUUACAAUUGAAGGACAGUACUGCCUCGCUACUAUUAAAUGGCGGCAAAAACAUGAGACUAAGAAGAUCAGAACCGGUCGUGGUGAGACUCUUCGCUGGGCAGUUUGCGUGCCAAGCGCUUGUCACGCCAAGUCAGUAGCAAACUUCGUCAGCAGUGUCCUAGCCCAUACUGUCAGCAAUACUACUAGUGUUGAAGUCUCUGAAACAGAUUGUUACACUAGAAGACCACUCGCCAUCACUUCCCUGGAUGUGGCUUAUUUAUCAUUGAUCCUGCUAUUCGUAACAAUUCUCUUCUUCAGUACCCUAUACGAAAUCUAUACAAUCUACUACGGAAACAAAAAGGAGUCGUUGAUCUCCACCCUGAUCAUUUCCUUCUCCAUGAUCAAUAAUAUGAAGAAGAUCAUCUCGACGAAGCAGCAUAACACUCUAGGCUUGGAGUGCGUCUCUGGUAUUAAAGCUUUGGCUAUGAUCUUUAUCAUUGCUGGCCACGCUUGUAUGUUCAUCGCCAGUGGACCUGUCAUGGACGCUGAUGCUUGGGACCGGCUAGUCCGUCAACCAGCAAAUGCCUUCAUGUUAAACAACACGUUGCUAGUAGACACAUUCCUGAUGCUGAGCGCCUUCCUCUUUUCAAGACUGUUGCUUGUCGAGUUGGACAAAAGAAGAGGCAAACUUAACGUAAUACCGAUUUUGAUCUUUCGGUAUAUUAGAGUAACACCUGCGUACGUGGUGGUGAUUCUGUUCUACAUGACCUGGCUACCGAAGAUGGGAGAAGGUCCUCUAUGGCAGGACAGGUUGCUGUUGGAACAAGAAAGGUGCAUGGCCUCCUGGUGGACCAACAUUCUUUACAUCAAUAAUUAUGUAAAUACGGAUAAAAUGUGCAUGUUCCAAUCCUGGUACCUCUCAGUGGAUACGCAGCUGUUCUUCAUAGCUCCCAUCUUCAUCUACAGUUUAUGGCGGUGGAGGAAGUUUGGUCCUAUUCUUACAUCGAUAGCUCUCGUCAUAUCUCUGAUCGUUCCUGCUGUUAUCACGUAUAGAGACAAUUUGGAUCCUACGCUUCUGUUUUAUGCCAAAGAGUUUACGGACAUAAUAUCCAACUUCUAUUUCAACGAAGCAUACAUCAAAACCCACAUGAAAACAAUAAUUUAUUUCAUUGGGAUCCUGACUGGUUAUAUUCUACAUCGGAUACAAACUGAAAACUACCAAUUCACAUUUAUGAUGAAAACUUUUGGAUGGAUGACUGGUCUUAUACUUGGAGUAGUUUCCACCUUCACUGUAACUAUUUUCUACCAAGAAUGGUACCAGUAUAACGCACUAGAGGCCGCUGCGUAUAUCUCUUUGCAUAAACUUGCGUGGGGUAUUUCCAAUGGAUGGCUGAUUAUUGCUUGUGCUACAGGAAAUGGAGGUUUCUUGGGAAAACUACUGACAUGGAAGUUUUUGGCUCCUUUCUCAAGAUUAACGUUCUGUGCCUAUCUGGUGAACGGCAUCGUUGAGUUGUAUUAUGUCGGUGAAUUGAGACAUCCACUUCAUAUCACAUUCUUUACAGUUAUGGCGAAUGCAAUAUCCCACAUUGUGCUGACAUUCUUCCUUGCCCUAUUUCUAUGUUUAACUUUCGAGUCACCGCUACACGGGAUCGAAAAAAUUCUUCUUCGAAUGUUCGCUCGGCCCGUUCUGAGCGACAAUGCAAGAAAAGAGGUAUCAUCGGUGGAAUCAUCGAGGAACACUAGUCAAUCUAAAUUAGAUUCGUAG